AUAAACUGUGGCGGGAGUUCAGUUUUCAAGUCCUUGUCCAGUGAAUCGCUCUCGGCUAAGAACGGUUGGUUAUUCUCGGCUUCUCCCUUUUGAACAUGGUGCGGACUAAAGCAGACAGCGUCCCAGGCACCUACAGAAAAGUGGUGGCUUCUCGAGCUCCCAGGAAGGUGCUUGGUUCCUCCACUUCUGCCACUAAUUCUGCGUCGCCUUCGUCAAGGAAAGCUGAAAAUAAGUACGCAGGCGGGAAUCCAGUUUGUGUGCGUCCAACUCCCAAGUGGCAAAAAGGAAUUGGAGAAUUCUUCAGGCUGUCCUCUAAAGAUUCUGGAAAAGAGAAUCGGAUUCCUGAAGAGGCAGGAAGCAGUGGUUUAGGAAAAGCAAAGAGAAAGUACUGCUUGCUGUCUUCCCCUCAUCAGCCAGAAGCCCAAGAGUCUCCAGCACACCAAGCAUCAAGCUGGAUCCUCGCCACAUUGAUCCACAUGGAGCAUGUCCUUUGCAACCUGAUCACACAGAUGAAGAAAAAGAAUAGAACUCCUCUUUACUCUGGCCUUCUACAAUGUAAAUUUACAUAAAUGUGUUUGUUCCAAUUAGCUUUGUUGAUAAGCAUUUAAUUUAAAAAAUGCGGCUUAAAUUUAGCUGUUCAAAAAGUCUUUAUGAAUUUGGAGAAUUUGUAAUAUUAAUUAUGGUUACUUAGCUUAGUAUCCAAUAUAAUGCAGUAUUUGGUUUCUUUUACCAAAUUAAGCUUAUUCUUCUUGCUAAAAUCAAAUCAUUAUGUUAUGUUCUAAUUAUAGAUUUUCUGUAUUUAAGAUUUGUUUAGUUUUUUUACUGCUGCCAUUUUUAUUGGCAUUUGAUUAUUGGAAUGGUGCCAUAUUUUUAUUCUUUUUAUUUGCUUUAAAAAGCAGAAUUAGAUUUUGCACAUAAAAAAAUUCAGUAUUAA